GUUGAAACUGCGUUCCGUGAAUUUCCGUACACACUUCGAAUACGUUCCAUUUUCGUUUAGAAAAACACGCAGAAAAGAUUGCCUGGCCAUUGGUGGGGUCUGGUUAUUGAUGAAUGAGAAUAUACCUCAAUUCAGAUUACCCGCUUGAUCGUUUGGCCGCUAGCAAACAUGAGCGAACCGAUCGUGGUGAUACUGUCGGUGGACCAGACCGUCAAACCGGAAUCGAUAGUGGAAAAGAUUCGUAAACAGCCAAACGAUCAGAACCAAUCGGUGCUCUCCGAUCCACCGGCCACCACUACCUAUCGGUAUCAUAUUCACACGAAAUACUACGACACGGAUGUGCUGCUCUAUCCGCACGAUUCAGCCGCCACGACCACACUUCCUAGUGCAAUACUGAAACGGACCGAAGGAAUAUUGAUCUAUUUCGAUGCGCACGAUCGAACGUUUCUCGAGCGGCUGCCGGCGUACGGUGCUUUCGUGCAGCAGCAAAAGAUCGAAUUUGGUAUCCUGCUGUGCACGGCGCUGUUGGAAAGCGAGUCCGAAGGGUUAACGUACGGCGAGGCGAAGCAACUCUUCACCGUGCUCGAUGUGAUAGAGCUAGAACCGAGCGCGGAUGAUGACGAUGAAGUGCCAGCUGGCGAAGCGAUCGGUGUGGACGAGCUGAUACAGGCGAUGCACAAUCACAUUUGGUCGAACGUGAAAAUGCACCGAGGGAAUCGAUUGACGGCUGCCGUAGAAGAAUCAUCAUCACCUCACGAUGACGGUGUUGGCGAUGCCGCCGAUGUACAAGGUCCAGUUUGCGACGAAGAGGAGCGUAUGCUCGAGGCCGCUCUGACUGGGUUCGAGAAGCUGUUGACGGAAGUGCGAAACUUCCAGCCCAACACAACCUCCUGGAGCCGAAACGAGCGGCUCGCGUACGCACAGGAGCUGGCAGAAAUGUUCGACAACUUGGUCGAGGACGACGAUUAGCGACGGCCUACAUGAGUGGAUCGUUCGUUAGGACCUAAGGACCAUCGCUCGCGGUGCGCAUUUGGGAUGACCGUUGUCCUACACCUACUUCUUUAAAAGACUUUCGCUUCUUACGGAACGCAACGUUUGUUCCGCGUGGCCAAUCUCGGCCCACCACCUGUGUUAUGCUGACCGGCCGGCUGUUAACAGUGGAUUUAUUUACGAAGAUGUAGGGUACCAGAAGAAAGAUUAUGCAAAAAAACAAGA